GAAGCCACCGAGGCUGCCGGUGACUUUCGCCAAAAUGUGCCAAGUGCUGGGCUUCGGAAAAGGGAACGUUCAGAAUGAUACGGCAGUGGCCCGCAUCAUGGACCAGCUCAUGUGCAGUGCGCUCCACUGUGCAGCUGUCAUUGGCUCCCGCUAUUUCCACACCUACGCCAUGUGCUCCGUCAAUGUCGCCGGCAAGACAAUAUGCCAGGGAGACGAGGGCGGUCCGGUGCUGUGCAGCGAGCAUGGUGAGACGAACCAGUGGGGAGUGAUAAGUACCAUGUGGCCCCCCAACUCUGUGUGUCGCCUGCCUAUGGAUCUCAACUCUUACAUGUUCACCGCCUACUACAGGAACUGGAUUCUGGAAAAUAUCAAGGACUUGCCGUCGGCAGGAAAUAGUGUGACAGUUUCUCAAAGGAAACAUACCACAGUAGAGGUCUAUGUCGCGAUAAUGACAUGCGGAUUUUCGUUUCUGUGAAGUGCUCGAUACUGUACCUCUAUGUCACGCAGGAAGAAGAUGUAAACAGGGCUGUGAAAGCGUCGUAUGAAAAGCUGGAUAUUUCGUGCUACCGCUGGGACACUCUUCACAUCCACCCAAACGUUUAAAAUAAAUGUUAUGAUCUUUAUAUUCUGUAAUGUACAGCAGUUUUUCCGAUAUCUUUGUAUGUGG